GCGACCAUGCUGCACGCCCAUGAGAUCCGCGCGAUGGGCGAGAAGCUCUCGACGGCCCGCGAGCAAUGCAUGCUCUCGAGCUACGAGAAGGGCAUUGGCCUCUACCGCGGGGUCCUCGGCCAGCUCAAGCCCGCGAUCAAGCGGCUCUCGCAGAUGAAGGAGCGCCAGGACUGGCUGCAGGUCGAGAGCGAGAUAGAGGCUGAGCUUGCAGGCGUCUUGGACUACGUCGAUGCGCUGCACGGCCUCAAGCUGGCACCCGGCGCGCGCAACCGGAAGCCACGCGCCAGCACACCUCCCGACCGACCGUCGUCGGGCGAUCGCUGGCAAGUCGUCGACCACAAGCCGCCGUCCAACGACGACCCUGAUGUAUGGGCACCGCCCUCCCCAGACCGUCGACGAGGCGCCCCGGCAGGCGUUCCCAACUGGGCUGACAACAACGCCAAGCGCAACAACCGGUUCAAUGCUGCCGCCGGGCAGAUGGGGCAGCAAGCCGCGCCCGUGGUCCGUGGCAACCCGCCAGCCCGUCUUGCGAAUCGGCCCGUCCCAGACAAGGCGUCCAAACCGCGUGCCGCACCCGCUCCGGGCGCCAAAAAGCCAGGCGUUCCACCCGCGAGCAAGGAUGCCAAGCCCCCCACGAGCUCGACGCCCAAAAAGCCCGGGGAGAAGGCCAAGUACUCGGAGAUGGCGCGCGAACAAGGCUGGGUCGACGUCGAGCUCAUCGAAGGCAUCGAGCGCGAUAUUGUCGACAACGGGCCCAAGAUCACGUUCGAUGACAUUGCGGGCCUCGAGCACACCAAGCAGCUUCUCCAAGAGGCCGUCAUGCUGCCGCAGAUCGCACCCCACCUCUUCAAGGAUGGCCGCCUCAAGCCCUGCAACGGUGUCCUCAUGUUUGGUCCGCCGGGCACGGGCAAGACCUUAUUGGCCAAGGCGGUCGCGAAUGUCUGCAACAGCACCUUCUUCAACGUCUCGGCGUCGACGCUCGCGUCCAAAUACCGUGGCGAGUCGGAAAAGAUGGUGCGCAUCCUCUUUGAGAUGGCACGGUAUUACUCGCCGGCCAUCAUUUUCAUGGACGAAAUCGACGCGAUCGCCGGUGCGCGCGGCGGCGCCGAAGAGCACGAGUCCAGUCGCCGCGUCAAGACGGAGCUCCUGGUGCAGAUCAACGGCGUCGGGUCCGGUGAAAAGACGGACAUUGAGAACAACCGCGUCAUGGUCCUCGCAGCGACCAACUUGCCGUGGCAGAUUGACGAAGCGAUGCGCCGCCGCCUCACCAAGCGCGUGUACAUUCCGCUGCCCGACCUUAGUGGACGCAAAGCGCUCUUCCAGCUCAACUUGAAGAAGGUUGAUGUUGCCGAUGAUGUCAACUAUGAAAUACUGGCGACAACGACGGAAGGUUAUAGUGGCGACGACAUCUGCGGCGUCUGUGAGACCGCAAAGAUGUUUCCUGUCAAGCGCCUGUAUACACCCGACUACCUCGUCCAACUGCAAGCCAAGCGCAACGAAGGCGCGGGCGACGACGAGAUCAAGGCCAUGGAGAAGAACGGGCUCGUAGUCACCAUGAAUGAUAUUCUCAUGGCGCUCGAGAACGUCUCCAAGUCGGUGGGCCAAGACCAGCUUGUGCGCUUUCAAAAGUGGGAAGAAGAGUUCGGCUCCAAGUAGUCGAGACAGCGAACGACAAGACGACAAGAAGAAGAUGAGACGCAGAACCAGAUCUUAGCGGCUACAGCCGGUAGCUCGUGCAGCCGCUCUCAAGUGUUCUUUGGAAAUCCAUCGCGCUGUCAAAGUAC